AGUGUGAGUGUUGACAUUAGAACACUUCCGGUCGUGACAUUUGCUGUCGGGUUUUUGUGACAUAAUUACAUGAAGAUAUAGAAAUACAUACAUAUAUUUAAGAUUUUAUAAAUUAUAUUCAUAACUAAGUUUUUUAACUCGUGCGUUUCAGAGUACGUGGCGCCAGUGACUGCAGAUGUGUGAUGUGUUUGUGAAUAAUAUAAUCGGAGCCCUUAGGUAUUGAUCACGUAUCGAUCAGUGAAGAAGAUGAAACGACAUGCGCGCAGAGUCAGUAAAGUAAAGACUGUUAUAUCUGUGGAUGAAAACACAGCAGACAGACAGCAGAGAGCACACAAGGAGACAGGCAGGGUGAGCAGUGAGUUUUGUCGGCUGUGUCAUGGGAAGUUUUCCACGCGGAGAUUGCGACAGGCAUUUGCACAACUGCAGGGAGACUCCUGUAGCGUUUAUCCUCUGUUCUGCACAGACUUCCAGCAGCUCUUAGGAAUUCCCAUGAUCAGAGAUCCCAGUUUGUCCCAGUUUAUCUGUAACAACUGCCAUGCUCAGUUCUACAAGUGCCACAGUAUCCUUCUGGACUUCAGGAACAGAGUCAAUUUGACGCCCUUCUCCAAAGACAAGAACAAUACUACACACUCAUCAUCAAAGGAAGACAUCUGUUUAUUUCCAUCACACAUUACGUCGGACAGCAGAUGUUUGCACAGUUUGGUGUCGUGGGCUCAUAGUCAUGCUGAGAGCUGCCGUUCCUGCCCUGACCUGCAGGAGGUGCUGGAGGGACAGUGUCAAGGGACACUGAAGGCACUGUGGGGAUGUGGGGAUGGGCACACUUAUUUGAUGAACACCGGUGCUGGUCAGCCUGAAAGUAACCAAGCCGAACCAAACAAUGAAAACCACCAUUCAGGAUCCAGCCUUGAUGGCAACCAGACGACGAGAUCCAGUAAUGGUGCUUCACCUCAGAUUCACAGCACAAAAGAUGUGCAGAACUGUGAGACCUUGAGUGAUCCAGUAACAGCAUCUGUGAUGGAAAAACAUCAUGCAGACAUUGAGCUUUCAGACAGGAACUGCUUGAGUGAGGAUGAUGAGUGUGAGGAGGACAGGAGGAAGAAUGGCUCAUCUGAGGAGAGCUCUGAUCUGAGCCUUGAUAAAUGUUCUUCAGAGGAGAACAACAGCAAAGAGCACAAGACAGUGGAAACUAAAACCAGGAGGAAACCUGGACCAAAGCCCGGUUGGAAGAAAAACAUCAAAGCAGAAAGGGAGGAGCUGCCCACCAUCUAUAAAUGUCCUCAUCAGGGCUGUACAGCAGUGUAUAGAGGGGCUGAUGGCAUGAAGAAACACAUCAAGGAGCAUCACGAGGAAGUUCGGGAAAGACCAUGUCCACAUCCAGGGUGCAACAAGGUCUUUAUGAUUGACAGAUAUCUGCAGAGACACGUCAAACUCAUUCACACAGAGGUGAGGAAUUACAUCUGUGACCAGUGCGGUCAGACGUUCAAGCAGAGGAAACAUCUGUCUGUGCAUCAGAUGAGACACUCAGGAGCCAAACCGCUGCAGUGCGAGGUGUGCGGCUUCCAGUGCCGUCAGCGGGCGUCCCUAAAAUAUCACAUGACCAAACACAAGGCAGAGGCUGACCUGGAGUUUGCGUGUGCAAUAUGUGGCAAGCGUUUCGAGAAAGCUCAUAAUCUGAACGUGCACAUGUCAAUGGUUCAUCCUCUCAUGCAGGGCGGCAGUAUCUCCAUCCCUCCAGAUUCAGCCGCCAGCAACCUUUCGACUCAGCUUUCUGACUUCAGACCAGAACAGACGAACUCAAACCCACCAGAUAUUAACUAUGUGCUGGACAGUUUACAGUCCAAACUUGUGGACAAUGCCUUGUAAUUACUUUCAGAUUAGAGGACUCGUCAGUAUUUCAAACGCCUAAUGUGCAUCUCAUGAAAUAGUAAGAGAU